AUGCGGACUUUAUUCGUGCUUUCGUUUUGUUCGGCGUUGACGUUCGGCCUGGAAAAUGGGCUGGCCCGAACACCGCCAAUGGGAUGGAUGUCUUGGACCAGGUUUUUUUGCGAAACUAAUUGUGCACAUAACCCGUUCUCCUGCAUCAAUGAGUACUUGUACAAAAGUCAAGCGGAUCGACUGGCUCUGGAUGGAUACAAGGAUGUGGGGUACGACAGAGUCCACAUUGACGACUGCUGGGCCGAGUUGAAAAGAGACGAGAAUGGUAAAAUGGUUGCGGACAAAAGCAGAUUCCCAUCCGGAAUGAAUGGACUGGCUAACUAUGUAAGGUCUUGUCAGCAAUUAGUUUUAGGCCAAAAAAACGGUACGCUUGGAAUUUGUUACACUGUGUUCGAAAGGUAAUCUUCUACGUUUUAGGUGCACAAGCUUGGCCUAAAACUCGGCUCGUACGGAGACUACGGCACCAAAACUUGUGCAGGGUAUCUCGGUUCCCAAAACUUCGAAAAGAUUGACGCCUUCACUUUUGCUGAAUGGGAGAUUGACUACGUGAAGCUGGAUGGAUGUAAUGCAGACGCAAGCGAUUACCCCAAAGGAUACCCUUUGUUUGGUCGCUACUUGAAUCAGACAGGACGCCCGAUUGUAUAUUCUUGCAGCUGGCCUGCUUACAUACAUGAUAAAAAAAGCAUCGAUUACGACACCAUUGUGAAGAAUUGCAAUCUCUGGAGAAAUUACGAUGAUAUUUCCAGUUCAUGGGAAUCAUUACAUGGAAUUAUUAGCGUUUACAUUAGAGAUCAGGAUCAGCUGAUUCCAAUUCACGGGCCUGGACACUGGAAUGAUCCCGAUAUGGUGAGUUAUAACUUCGUGGAGAGUGAAGACUGGUAAUUUUUAGUUGAUCGUCGGCAACCCUGGAGUUUCAAUCGGUGCUGCUCGUGUUCAGAUGGCGGUUUGGUCGAUCUGGUCAGCUCCUUUGAUCAUGUCUAACGAUUUGAGGAUCAUCGGCGAGGAUUUCGCUGCGCUUCUCAAGAACGAAAAAGUCAUUGCCGUGGAUCAAGAUGAACUUGGAAUUAUGGGACGCAUGGUUAAAAAGGUAGGAAAUAAGAGAGUGCUAGACUUUACAGGCCUCAAAAAUACUAAUUGAGUUUGUUUUCAGACUGAUCAACUCUACUAUUUUGUCAAACCAAUGACGCCGUAUGUCAAAGGCGAGAAGAACCGGUAUUCCUAUGCCCUGGCUGUUGUCAAUUACUCUAACGCCCCUGCUGUAAGUCUAAUCUUUUAUACUUGCUUCUAAAACGUACUAGAAGAAUGUAUAUUGUGCUGCUAUUUUUUCAGACCUUCAGGUUCACCUUGGACAACUUCGGGAUCUCGGAUGCCAAAGGCUAUUCGGUGGAAGAUCUUUUCUUGCGCAAGCCUCUAGGUCAUUAUACCAAGGACACUGUAAUUAACGAAGCCAUUUCCCCACGGGAUGCCUUCUUCAUCAAAGCCACAAUUGUAAAAUAA